AGCCCGCAAGACCUCACGUGGACGGUCAUCAUGGCGCCAACAUCCUCGACUCCCACCUCCGUCAUGCCAGCCCCAGACGGCCAAGUCUCCAACUUCAUCGAUCCCCCGACUCUUCUCCCCGCCGCCAUCAUCGCAUCAACCGUCAUCCUAACGACAACUACUCUCUUCGUCGCUGCACGCUUCGCCGCCAAAACCUUCGUCCUGCGGAAGCACUAUCUCGAAGACUACCUCUGCUACGCCGCCUGGGCUGGCGUCGUCACCUACACCGGCCUCUUCCUCUGGAACGAGGACUACGGCUACGGCCGCCACAUGUGGGACGUCACGCCCCCCAUGCUCGUGCAGAUCAUGUACCAUCUGCACAUCAUGUACUGCCUCUACAGCCCCAUCACGCUGGCCGCGAAGCUAUCAGUACUCUUCCAAAUUAAGCGCAUGUUUACGACGUGGGAGAAGAACAUGGUGUACUGGGUCGUCAUGGGCUCGAUCAUCGCGAACUCGGUUUUCUACACAGGAUUAUUCUUCUCGUAUGUGUUCCAGUGCUGGCCGCGCGCGGCGAUUUGGGAUCCGAAUGUAAAGGGGAAGUGUAUUAGUGCGAUUGCGUCGAACUUGGUGAGUGGGGUGUUGAAUGUGGUGUCGGAUGUUGAGGCGCUGUUGCUGCCGGCGUGGGCGAUUUGGCAUUUGAAUAUGCCGGUGACGAGGAAAUUGUUGGUGUUUGCGGUCUUUGGUGUUGGGUCGAUCGCAUGUAUCAUUGGAGUUGUGGGGAUUUACUUCCGCGUUAUCCUGCUGAAGCGGCCGGACUUUACUUGGAUGUGCUCGAAGGCGGCAAUGUUGGUCAUCUCUGAAAUGGCCGUCGUCGUAAUAGUCGGCUGCUGCCCCUCCAUCCCCGCCCUACUCCGAUACUGCCGGGGCGUCGGCCGCCCAUCCACCAAAUCCAGCAAACCCAGCUCCGACCCCGCGAGCACCCCUCGACGAUACUCAAACAGCAAGGCGCUGAACUCACUCGCCAAGUACAUGAGUCCUGGCCCCAUCGGCAUGUCGAAGCUCGACUCCAGCUACUCGGACGAGAAUUUGGAGCUGAGACAGUAUUCAGCGAGUAUUCAAAAGGACAGGAAUGCGAGCGAGGAGGUUGUGGGGAAGGGGAAGAUGGGGAUUGGGAGGUUUCAUAGUACGAGGAGCGAGAUUGUGAGGACGACGAGGAUUGAGCAGAGUGUGGAGAAGAAGGGGAUUAGGCUUGUUGAUGGGUAGGGAGGUGGGGAGGUGGUGGAGCUGUAGGAAGUCAAAGUCAAGCUGGAUAAACGAUGGAUUUUGGGGGAAAUGGCGUAGUGAUAUCUUGGGCAGUAUUCUAGCUUUCCAAGCUCAGCGAAUAAAGUGGA